UUGGCAAAAAACCCCUCUUCUCGGAACUCGAUGUCUUGCUUUCGGUCACUCAUGAAAGCAACGAGAGCUGCCUUUUAUUCGCAUACGUGGCGGUGGGACCCGUACUUACCCUGACCUCUUGACAUAAAUGGGGUCCCACACUUGUAAGGCGGGAACGCAAUUUUUCUCUUUUUUUUGGCUGUUAAUAGUUUUGGUCAUGAGAUAAGAGUCACAGACAGAUACUGUGCUUUGGAAAGAGAGUCUAGAGAGAGAGUGUCUGAGUGUGCGUUUGUUUGGUUGCUGGAUUAGUGAGCUGAAACAGUUUUGGUUAGUUUUGUUUGUUACAUCUUUUCAACCAUAGAUGUGCUAGAAACAAACCUUAUUGGGGCUUUUCAGAUCUGGCUCUUGAGCGCAGCAAUGGAGCAAAGAAGAAGAAGCAACACUAUCUAUCUCCUCCUCUUAUUCUUCUUCUUAGUCUUCACUUCAAGAACAAACACAAGCGCAAGUUGUCGGCGGAGAACAGUGAAACACUUAUCCACAACUCCACCUUCAUCUACACCACUCCAGUCCAGUAUCACUUCCAAGGUUAUGGUAUUCAGCAUCGCUUCAGGGAUCUUAAUCGGGUUGGUCUCUGCCUUAGUCUUAGCUUUCUUGGUCCGUUGCAUCGUCAAAUACAUGCAACAAACGCCAAUUCUCAAAGGUCCUGUAGUUUUUUCCCCUGAGCUUACACCCAAGUCUCUUUAUGGAGCCCUUGGUAAUGGUAUUCAGUUGCUUGGCUCAGGCCCUAACGGUAAAUACCACAAAGUUGUACUUGAUAAUGGUCUAGUGGUUGCAGUUAAGAGACUAUGCUCACCAGAAGCAAGUGGUAGUAGUACUAGUCGCAACUCAGUUAAGAGAAGGUUGCAGAAGGAACUUGAGCUUCUUGCUAUCUUAAGGCACAUGAACCUUAUGAGUCUAAGAGCUUAUGUUCUUGAAUCCAAUGAGUUCUCUCUCGUCUAUGAUUACAUGCCGAAUGGUAGUCUUGAGGAUGUGAUGACUAAGGUUAGGGCUAAAGAGCUAGAGCUAGGAUGGGAAGUUAGGCUAAGAGUUGCUGUUGGAAUUGUUCAAGGGCUUCAGUAUCUACAUUUCAGCUGUGAUCAUCAAGUUCUUCAUUAUAACUUGAAACCUACAAAUGUGAUGCUGGACUCUGAGUUUGAGCCGAGGCUUGCUGAUUGCGGAUUGGCCAAGAUCAUGGCUGCUUCACACACAGGAGUGUCUUGCUACUCUGCUCCUGAGUCUUCACAAAGUAACAGAUAUACAGACAAAAGCGACAUAUUCAGCUUUGGGAUGAUCUUGGGUCUUCUUUUAACCGGAAGAGACCCGACACAACCUUUUUGUGUAGAUGGUGCAAGUGGAGGCAGCUUAGGACAGUGGCUGAAGCAUUUGCAGCAGUCUGGGGAAGCACGAGAAGCAUUAGAUAAGAGUAUUCUUGGAGAGGAAGUGGAAGAAGAUGAGAUGUUAAUGGCAUUACGAAUCACCAUCAUCUGCCUUUCUGACUUUCCAGCAGACCGGCCUUCGAGUGAUGAGCUUGUCCACAUGCUUACACAACUUCACAGCUUUUAGCCUAAUGCAUGGUUUUCUACUAUCUACAUGUUACUAAACGCUUGAGAAGUUAAUUGGUGUGUUGCAGAUUGUUCCUAAGCUUGAUACACACAGCUGGUAAAAGGCACAGAAUCAGAGCAGUGCUUGGACUAAAAUGUAGUUAAUCAAAAUAUGUGGCCAUAUUGGAUAUUGGUCCAUUUAUGGUUUUGGUUAGCAUAGAGCAUUAAAGCUUCCCAGAGGGCCUGAA